AUGCCACAAGACUUUUAUAGCCGUAUAUCUGAAGAAGCAACCAUUAUCAGUAAAUUAAAACACCCAAAUAUUGUGGAAUUUCUUGAUUCCUGGAAAGGUCCUGAACAUACAAUCGUUAUUUUAGAAUUUAUGAAAGGUGGAAGUUUAUUAGCUUUUAUUAAUAAAGAACGAGAGAUAAAAUUCGAUGUUUGGAUUGGCUUGGCAUAUCAAAUCUGCGAUGCUAUUCAAUAUAUGCAUGAUAAUGGUUAUAUGCAUCGAGACAUUAAAGCUUCAAAUAUUAUGUUUAAGGAUAAAUCUUAUAAACUGGUCAAACUUAUUGAUUUUGGUUUAACAAAAGCAUUUACUAAAACUGAGCAACCGGACGAUUCUAUUGAAUACACGGCAACGGGUACACCUGCGUAUAUGCCUUAUGAAAUUGCCAAAGAACUGAUCAACAAUAAAAAAAGUUGUCACUACACUUGCGCCGUUGAUAUGUGGUCUUUUGGCGUACUUAAUUAUCAUGCAUUAACGGGAAAUAUGCCUUUUAUGGGAGAAGAUGCUCAAGAAAAUUUGGUACUUGCUAAGAUUGUUAAAGAAGAAAUAAAUUACUCUCCAUUACUAGAAUUGAAUCUUCAAUGUGCGGUUGAAUUCAUCUCAGGUUUAUGUUGUAAGGAUCCGGAAUCUCGAUUAACAGCAAAUGACGCGAUGAAUCACGUAAUCUUUCAGGGAUUAAGAAAAUGA